AUGGGGUCAGUGGUCAUAGAGCAGGUGCUCAAGUCUUGUUUUGUUUCCAGGCCCACAACUGCAGCGUUUCUGAGCACGGAUAUGACUGUCACAGCCUGGGAGACCAACCUCACAAUACAAUAUGGAAUUGAUGUGGUCAUUUAUCAAUAUUAUACAGAGUUCAUAAUCCUGCAAUUACUGACAAUCAUCGUGGCCCUGGUGGGACUGGCAGGCAACCUGGUGGUGCUCUGGCUGCUGGGCUUCCGCAUGCGCAGGAACGCCUUCUCUGUCUACAUCCUCAACCUGGCGGGGGCUGACUUCCUCUUCCUCUGCUGCCGAUUUAUACAGAGUCUAGUUUUAGUUUUCAGGUUUCAUUUUGUCAUUGAAGUAAUUAACAGCUUUCUCUCAUCUGUGUCAACCUUUGCCUACAUCUCAGGCCUGAGCUUUCUCAGCGCCAUCAGCACAGAGCGCUGCCUGUCUGUCCUGUGGCCCAUCUGGUACCGCUGCCACCGCCCCAGACACCUGUCAACCAUCAUGUGUGCCCUGCUCUGGGCCCUGUCCCUGCUGCUGAGCAUCCUGGAUAAAAAUUUCUCUUGGAUUCUGUUGAAUUUUUUCAGUCCUUCCGUGUGUCAGGUGUUUGACUUCAUCGCUGUGGCGUGGCUGAUUUUAUUAUUUUUGCUUCUCUCUGGGUCCAGCCUGGCCCUGAUGACCAGAAUGCUGUGUGGCUCCCAUCGGGUCCCACCCACAAGGCUCUACAUGACCGUCGUGCUCACGGUGCUGGUCUGCCUCCUCUGUGGCCUGCCCUUUGGCAUCCACUGGUUCCUCAUAGUCUGGAUUCCAGAUGAAUCUAUUGCCAUCUUUCAUGUUUCCUUGAUGGUAGUACUUCUGUCCUGUAUCAACAGCUGUGCCAACCCCAUCAUUUACUUCUUCGUUGGCUCCUUCAGGCAGCGAUGGUGGAAGCAGAGACACACCCUGAGGCUGGUUCUCCAGAGGACUCUGCAGGACACUCCUGAGGCGGAUGAACCUGGGGAAACCCUGGCCAUGUCGGGAAGCAGUCUGGGGCAGGGAUGAGAGCCUCUGUCCUGAUCAGUCUGGAGUAACUUCCAGACUCACUGCUGCCCUGCCAGGCGUGGAAAGUAUCUAGUCUUCUCUCAGCCUCAGUCUCAGAAUGUGUCAGCAAUCCACCAAUCUCUUCAAAUAGGUUGUUUUUAA